AUGGAGUGGAGAAAUGAAAGCAUCAUCACAGAAUUCAUCCUUCUAGGAUUUGGGGAGCUGCAAGAGCUACAGAUCCUUAUCUUCCUGCUCUUUCUAAUUAUCUACAUCAUGACUAUGACUGAGAACCUCCUCAUAAUUGCCAUAGUGGUGACUGAUCGACAUUUACACAUCCCCAUGUACUUCUUUCUUGGGAACCUGUCCUUCUUAGCAAUCUGCUACAGCACAACCAUCAUUCCCAGAAUCUUGGUCAGCUUAUUAACUGACGAUCAAAGUGUUCCUGUCCAUGGGUGCAUUAUGCAAUUGUCUACUUUCAGUUUCUUAGCCGUAACAGAAUGCUACCUCCUGGCAGCAAUGUCCUACGAUCGCUAUGUGGCGGUAUGCAGGCCGCUGCAUUACUCGGUCCUCAUGAACAUUAGGGUUUAUCUGCAGCUGAUGGCUGGAUCUUGGUUCACUAGUUUGAUGAUUAACAUAACUUUGUUAAGUGCCAUCUUGCAGUUAACCUUCUGUGGCCACAAUGUCAUCGAUCAUUUCUUUUGUGAUUUUGCGCCCAUGAUGAAACUGACUUGCAGUUACAGUUUUGGACAACAGGUGAAACUUCUGUCCACUUUUACAUCCUCCUUCUCCAUCCUGCCACCAUUCAUUCUAACUGUAGGAUCCUAUGGAUGCAUCAUAGCCGCCAUUUUCAGGAUAUCAUCCAGCACAGGGAGGCAAAAAGCUUUUUCUACCUGCUCUUCCCAUCUCACUGUGGUGACUGUUUUCUUUGGUACCCUCACUGUUGUGUAUGUUUUGCCAGACACCAAUGAGCUGAGAGAGCUGAACAAAGUCUUGUCUGUGUUUUAUACCAUCCUGACACCGCUGGUUAAUCCCCUCAUAUACAGCCUGAGGAACAAGGAUGUACAUAUUGCUCUGAAGAAAGCAGCCAGCAAAUGGGCAGUCUCCAUAUGA